GCCUUUAAGAGCUGUUCUAGGGUUUUCUCCGAUCAUGGCUCCUGAAUCGACGGCGAAAGAAGCUUCGAUGACGGAUAUGGGGAACUCUUCGCUCAUGGAAGAGCACAAAGUCGAAGAGGAAGAAGAAGACGAAGGCAGCGAUAUGAUAUCGACAGAAGAUAUAAAUACGUGCCAGGACCAGAACCGGAGUGGGAUGUGGACAGCUACGAUGGUCGUGAAUACGAAUCCGAUCCUGAAGAUCGUCAAAUUUUCUCCGACGAGGAAGGUUAUCAAGAAUACCGUAUCCGCAAGCGUCAGGCUUUUGCGAGGUUUUAUUCCUGAACCUUUAAGUGGAAUCUACCCAAUUAAGUAUCUGGAUGAAAUAGCGUAUCGUAACAUGACUGCUAGGGAGUUGAUGACAAAUCUUGCUAACUUGUGUGUUAAGAAAUUAAACGAUGAGAAGGGGAAGACUGUAGAAUUGGUAGAGAUUGUGAGAGCUAUUGAAUCAGGAGGAGUUAGAUGGAAUUCUUAUAUAACGUUUAUGGCUCGAGAGUAUCCUAAUGGACCUCUUGUUGAGUACCAAGCCAAAGUCAUGAACUAUGCAGGAAACGCGAAACCUCCAUUCCCUAUUCUUUGCAGACCAAGUCCUGAAAUCUCUGUUUAGACUUGCAUUUUGAGGUACGAUAUCAUUCUUUGUUUUUAAGUCAUUCUUGCAAAUUGGAGUUAUUUGAUGUGUAGUGUGUCGAUUUUUAAAUUGUAGUUUUGGUAUGUCGAAAAGCUGACGAAGGUUCAGAUGCAUUGAAGUUGUAGUUUUAAGCUAUAUGUGUUGGUGGAAGUAAGUCUUGUGGUGACCUAUGACCGUAAUUACUUGAGACACUGUUAUUUGUGACCUAUUACAGAUUUGCAAACAAGGAAUUUAUAAACUAACUACAUGCAC